AUGGCUGAAAACCAACCUGAAGUGGACAUUGACAAUAUCAUUGACCGCCUUCUAGAAGUGCGUGGUUCGCGCCCUGGCAAGCCGGUACAACUGGAAGAGUAUGAGAUCAAAUACCUCUGCUUGACAGCGCGUGACAUUUUCAUUAACCAGCCUAUCCUGCUGGAACUGGAAGCUCCUAUCAAGAUUUGCGGUGAUAUCCAUGGUCAGUACUACGACUUGCUCCGCCUGUUCGAGUAUGGCGGCUUCCCACCGGAGUCCAACUACCUUUUCCUUGGUGACUAUGUGGACCGCGGUAAGCAGAGCUUGGAAACGAUAUGCCUGCUGCUUGCGUACAAAAUCAAGUACCCGGAGAACUUCUUCAUUCUUCGCGGCAACCACGAGUGUGCCAGUAUCAACCGUAUCUACGGCUUCUACGACGAAUGCAAGCGCCGAUUCAACAUUAAGCUGUGGAAGACAUUCACAGACUGCUUCAACUGUCUUCCUAUUGCUGCAAUCAUUGAUGAAAAGAUUUUCACGAUGCAUGGUGGUUUGUCGCCUGAUCUUCAGAGCAUGGAGCAGAUCCGCCGCGUGAUGCGACCGACGGAUGUGCCGGACACUGGUCUGUUGUGUGAUCUUCUGUGGUCGGACCCUGACAAGGAUAUUUCUGGGUGGUCGGAGAACGACCGUGGUGUAUCGUUUACGUUCGGACCAGAUGUGGUGUCGCGAUUCCUUGCUAAGCACGAUAUGGACCUGAUUUGUCGUGCACACCAAGUCGUAGAGGAUGGCUACGAGUUCUUUGCCAAGCGGCAACUUGUGACGCUGUUCUCUGCGCCCAACUACUGUGGUGAGUUUGACAAUGCAGGUGCGAUGAUGAGCGUCGAUGAGACGCUGCUCUGUUCGUUCCAGAUUUUGAAGCCGGCAGAGAAGAAGCAAAAAUAUGCAUACGGUGGCAUCAACAUGGGUCGGCCGGUGACACCACCCCGCAAGCAGAAGAAGAAGGGAUCCGCGUAA